AAUCCUCCAACUAAUCCACUCCGAUUUUCCUCAUCACAAAGCCAUGGAAAACUCUCGUGAAUCUGAAGUCACCGUGAAUUUCUCCGACCGUCGGAACUUUGCCACCGUCCUCAGAUCUGAUCUCAAGGAGACCUUCUUUGCCGAUGAUCCUUUCCAGGAGUUCCGGAAUGAACCGCCGAAGCGUCGAACCAUAAAAAUCUUCCAAUAUUGUGUUCCCAUGUUAGAAUGGCUACCCAAAUAUAAUUUCCAAUUCUUUAGAUAUGAUUUUCUGGCGGGGAUCACCAUCGCCAGCCUCGCCAUACCUCAGGGGAUCAGUUACGCUAAGCUCGCUGAGAUUCCUCCCAUCAUUGGCCUGUAUUCGAGUUUUAUCCCGCCUUUUGUGUACGCUGUGUUUGGGACCUCCAAGUAUCUUGCAGUGGGAACCAUAGCUGCGUCGUCCUUGCUUAUAGCUUCUACCAUUAAAGAAAAAGUGUCCCCGGAUGAGGAUCCAACAUUGUAUCUUAAUUUGGUCUUCACGACUGCGUUCUGCACUGGGAUCUUACAGACAAUCUUAGGUGUUCUAAGACUGGGGAUUUUGGUGGAUUUCUUAUCGCAUUCCACCAUCACCGGCUUCAUGGGAGGCACAGCAACCAUCAUCAGUCUCCAACAGCUCAAGGGUUUUCUUGGAUUGAAGCAAUUCACUACUAAAACUAAUGUCGUCUCCGUUCUGAAAGCCGUCUUCAAGUUUAGACACCAGUGGAGAUGGGAGAGUGCGCUAUUAGGCAUAAUCUUCCUUUCUUUCCUCCUCUUCACAGUACAACUGAGGAAGAAGAAACCACAGCUAUUUUGGGUGUCAGCAGUGGCUCCAAUGGUGACAGUGGUAAUCGGGUGCAUCAUUGCCUAUUUCGCUGACGGGGAUAAACAUGGAAUCCACACUGUUGGUCCUUUGAAGAAAGGAUUGAAUCCCAUUUCCAUCUACGAUUUGAACUUCAACUCUGCCUAUAUAAUGGCGCCCAUAAAAGCGGGCUUGCUUACAGGCAUCUUGGCUACAACCGAAGGGAUAGCAAUAGGAAGGAGCUUUGCCAUGAAGAGAAAUGAGCAAACUGAUGGAAACAAAGAGAUGAUAGCCUUUGGUCUGAUGAACCUUGUUGGAUCUUUCACUUCUUGUUAUUUGACUACUGGCCCAUUUUCAAAAACUGCUGUCAAUUUCAAUGCCGGGGCUAGGACACCAAUGGCCAAUGUAGUGAUGGCACUCUGUAUGAUGCUGAUUCUCCUCUUCUUGGCUCCUGUCUUUCGUUACACCCCUCAGGUAGCUCUCUCUGCCAUUAUCACCGUAGCCAUGCUUGGACUCAUCAAGUACGACGAGGUUUAUCAUCUCUACAAGGUCGACAAGUUUGAUUUCUGUAUUUGCAUGGCUGCAUUUUUGGGAGUCAUCUUCAUUACCAUGGAUAUGGGACUAAUGAUCUCAGUAUGCCUUUCAAUCGUCCGAGCACUUCUCUAUGUGGCUAGGCCUGCUACUUGCAAGCUCGGGAACAUUCCAAACUCAGCACUCUACCGCGACGUAGAGCAAUAUCCUGCUGCAAGCGGGGUCCCGGGCAUCAUAGUUCUUCAACUGGGUUCCCCAAUUUACUUUGCAAAUUGCAUUUACCUUAAAGAAAGGAUUAUGAGGUGGGUUAGGGAUGAACAAGGCAAUCCGAACUCCAAAACAGCAGAUAUUGAGCAUGUUUUACUAGAUUUGGGAGGAGUUACCACUAUUGACAUGACAGGCAUCGAAACCCUGGUUGAAAUCCGAAGAAACAUUUUAGCAAAAGGAAUUAAGAUGGGAAUAAUAAACCCCAGAAUCAAUGUGUUGGAGAAGAUGAUGCUUUCCAAAUUCGUGGACCUCAUAGGCAAGGAAUCUAUCUUCUUAUCAGUUGAAGAUGCAGUCAAGACAUGUCAAUUUUCACUCAAUCAAUCGCCUCAGAAGGGUGACUCUUAGGAUGACUGUGUUGCUGCAUUAGUUUAUGAUCUAGAAAUUUGUCAUUGUAGAUUGGACUCGUUCUCUAAUUUUGUGUUUAAAGAAGGAAGAAAUCGAUCUUCCAACCGCAGAGUCAGUUAUUGUGUUGUUCCAAUAAAGAAAAUCUAUUCAUUAGAUAUCUUAUUGCUGCA